AUUACGCUCUUCGCGCGGGGAGAGGAAACCUAUAGUAGGAAAGAAAGAAAAAAAAAAUAAGAAAAUAAAAUGGCGAUCUUUGCGUGUUGUUCAUUUCGGUUCGGUGCGAUAGUGAACAAAAUUUUUAAUUGAAAUCAACACGACGGUGCCCAAUUGAGCCGCUGGAACGGGUGCAUUAGGACCAGGUACCAGAGGGGCAUUGUUAGAUUUCGAACCCGACCGCCAGGGAAUCAACCGGAAGUGAAAAUUGACCAGCGAUUCAAUAAGUGGGAAAGUUUUUCAUGAUUUUGCUGACGAGAGAAGGAAUUUUUUUUUUGGCGAGUGAGCAAUCGACUUCAGCUAAACUGUAGUGAAGGAGUGAACGGGACGGAAACAGCGAGUGACUUUGAUCAAAAGGGUACGCGCAACAGAGAGGGCCUUGAGAAGUGCGGACGUUUUUUUCUGCUAGUGGAAAUAGUCGAGAUUAAAAAAUCGACACAAACAUUCGACAGUUAAGCAAGGGGAAUAAUUGAAACGUUGUAUUUUGCACGGUGAAGGUGAUUUUGCUGUGCGGGACGCAAAUUUGUGCAUCUCAGUAUAUACAUUUUUUUCGUCUGCCGGAACCGUUCGGCAGGAGUAGACGGACACACGAGAAGACAGUUUGCGGACGAAGUGAAGAACGUUUCCGCUUGUAGUUGUGUGGGUUGCGAAAAGCUCAAUAGUAAAAGGACUUUUGUUUUGGACUUGAAGCAUUCCGAAAAAGCGAAAACCGAUUGCAGUUUGUUUCUACCAAAUUUGCUGAAAAUCCCAGAGGAAAACAAAGGAUUUUCUUUUUCCAUCAAGAGGUUGAACUUUUCUGGCGUAUACACUACAACCGUUUAGAAGAAAAUCGUAACAUUCCGUGAAUAAAAACAUACGGAACGAAAAAAUACGCCGCCCGUCCUCCAUCCAUUAUGGUUGACUGAAAGAUCAAAAUAAGCGGUGCACGUUUCCACGGUUAGCGGCGCGUGUGCGAUCAAUUCAUCCGAAGGACUUCGAUCGCGGUUUUGUUUUUGCGCAUUGUACAGCGAUUCCCGAUAUUAACCUACAAGAGCUACCUAUAAGCAGUAAAAAAGUGUCGCGCAACACGAGUUUUCAAGCUGUCCGGUCAAGUUAGAUGCCGCAAGUGAGUAGCGUAAAAAGUAGUAUCCUCCACACACUCACGAGUCGACAGAAGAUAGUGGUGUGCUACUUGACAGUCGCAUUAAGCGACGCAGUCAAACCACCAGGACCUCAAAUAAAACCGCCGUGACCGUGAAUUAUCAAUCCCACAGUAUAAUUGAUAUAGUGAAUAAUAAAACAUCCCAAGGUGGUGCAUUGCAAGAGUGUAUAAGAAGAAAAAGAAGCAAAAUCAGUUCAAACUUAAGGUAGAGCUUUUGGUGUGCUGCAGUAGAGAGAAAAAUGUUGCAAAAAGUAGAAAGUUUUUCGAUGCGUUUGAUUAAAUGAAAAUGAAAUCCUAUCUGUUAGGUAAUAUUUGGGCCGGCAUGAUUUGUGCUCAAUUUUUUUCGCUAAGUGGAUGGUGGUAAUUAGAUGCAGCGUUAAUUUUCAUGUAUUCGAACUGAAGGAAGAUCUUAUUUUAAUAGUGCUUUGAGUGGAAGUGGAAUUUUGAGGUAAAUAGUCGAAAAAGGUGUUUUUACAAGAAGCCCAGAAGAAGGAAGGUGUGAAAGUGAAUAUUUAAGAUUUACAGCAAUUGAUUUGCACGAUACGUGACUAAUAUCUUGAAUGGGCUCUCGUUUUUUUUACGUGUCUAUCGGUAUGCACACGAAUAUAUAUUGGUGAUGAGUGGCGACAGCGAGGUGCCCAUUGCUAUGUGUUUGUGCGCCCGUGCACUGUGAGGAAGAAUCCGACCCGAGGAGCAACACACAGAGCACCGAAUCGUCACACACAUUACUAAUGUUGUUGGAACGGCAAGGCAAAAGCAACAGUGGAGAAUAAUACGUACUAAUUGCGUCCCGUCAAGAUGCGAACAGAUGCAGUCGUCUACUUCAUUAAACCGGCCCAGCAUCCAGUGACAGCAGCAGCAACCUCAGCGACAACGUCCAUCACCCGUUUACGGUCGUGGUUUGCGGCAAUGCCACGGUGGCAGCAAAACUGCAGCCGCCUGCCGCAGUUGUAAUAACGGUAGUAGGAGAUUGUGCAUCGAUUUCAUUUUUCCUUUUGUUUCGUAUUCCUCCACUUCAGGAAACUAGAGCAGAUUUUACUCCCUUUCCGCAACUUCCUGACAACUCCGUCAACCCCACAGAAAAAAAAACCUUCCCCCAAGUCCAUUCACGGAUGCAGCUCGCGAUAUAUGGAAUCGUAGUUGAAGUGAAACGGAAGAAAAAAAAUCCAAGAAGAAUCAAUCCUGCUCUGCCAAACGUAGUUGAAGUUUGAGUACAUUACGGGUAUACGCAAAGGGGCAGUCUCAGCAAUAGCAUCGCAAUAGGAUUUCUCAACUCUUGUUAAGCUGCAAAACAAACAAUCACAAACUCUUCCAGUGGGCUACCGCUCUGAAGUGAAGCGCGCAGAGUGUAGUAUGAUAAUCAAAAAAACGGAAAGACUCACUUUCCGUUGUAAUAUAUAGUGCAGGAUGAGCAAUGAAAAGCAGUAGAAACCUGUACCCGUAUAAUUCAGCUGUAGCAGGUGGUAUAACGUUUACGGGUGCAACUAGUUCUGGUGCAGGAACAGGAGGAGCCGGAAUCAGUUUGUCAGGACCGUCGAUUGGAUCGUCUUCAUCGUUGUUGUUGUCGUCGUCGUCGUCGUCGUCCUUAUCUUCUGCGUUUCUGCAGUCGACGGGAGGCGGACGAGUUGAUUUGGAUAUGAAAAAAUCGCAGAAACCAAGGCACGAUGAGCAGGACAGCAGGAUGGAGCGCAGAGAACGCGACAAGCAGGCACGAGCUGCCGUGCUACAGGCCGAACGUGACGCGGAACCAGCAGCACCGAUAUUUGCCGCUCCGGUUAAAGUGCUCAGCCCCUCGGAUAUGGACAUGCGGAUCCAGUCGAAGCUGGGCAACUACGACCAGGCUCGGCCGCAUUUCCUUUACGACUCAUCGGCACACCACCUGAUUGGCAUCACGACGAGUCCUGCGUUCACGCCGCGCUCGAAUGCACCCACGUCGCAGAUGUCCAACACCCUCACCAGCACGACGCAAUCGUCGCUAGCAGGAUUGGCUCCGAGCUCGUCGGCGUCCUCGCACUACAAUCGACCGCUUCUGCCAAAAACCAAUAGUAGCAAUAGUAACAUCAGUAGUAGUAACAGUAGUAGCAAUAGCAAUAGUGGCGCCGGUGGCAGUUUCGUCAAACCCACGGACAACCGACCGGUCUUUAAUGGACGUUCCUCAUUGGCUGGUGGCCGCCAUUAUGGUUCAGCAUCGUCCGGUACUGGAGUAGGGGCAUUUCCUAAGCUUGAGGGGCACCCAAAAGCACUCUCUUCGAUGCCCACGUCGAUGUUGAACGGCCGCUCUACCUCCGGUCCCGGAGCUAUUGGUGAUAAGUUACACUCGCAUAUAAUACCGAACGGACGUUUUCCUCAGGUUUCAAACGCCAAAAUGCCUUCUAGAGUAAGCCCAAGUGAUAGACUGACGCCGAAACAAAGUACCGGUAAUGUAGAGAAAAUUCUGAGCGAGAUCAAAACUUUAAACGUGGGUACGCCUCUGACGGAAAUCGGUGCAACGCCCCGGAAAGAACUAGAGAGCAAGUUUAGCUUUAACAAUCCCAACAUGCCACACCACAAAUAUGCACCUCCACCUGUGCUGAUGAAACAACCCUCGUUCAAGACACCACUGGACACGUUUCCCGCAAUGUUUAAACCAAUAGGUGCUCGCGAAGAUGACCCAAAUGGAUCGGACAGUGAUGACGGUGCCUAUAAGAAGAAGCGUAAUUCUAGUGAUACUUCCUCAAACGAGAGCGGCGAUGAGUCGUCCAGUGAGGAUUCGAACACCGGCAAUAAAGCCAAUAGUGCCGCUGGUUUACCGAACUGCGUCAAUCCAACGAGUGGUCCGGGGAAUGUGCCUACUAGUGGGACUGGUGCCACCGGAAGCGCUAGCAGUCCUCAGCGAUCUACGAUUGAUUGGUCGUUGAUGAACUUUCUUCCAUCACAGGUGCCAAAUGAAACCAACGUCGGCUCUCAGAUGGCUGGUUCUAAUAAUUCUGGCUCGAAUCAGAACCUAUUAAUGCAUGAGAAUUCCAAUUCGCCCCUGAUGCCGGGAUCAUCACCAACUGCUAUUAAAAACGAACCUCCCCCGAUGGAGGAUGAUCAUUUAUCCAAUGGUAGCAGUAUUCCGGAGGGUGUUUUUGUAAAACAGGAACCUUUUCCUAGUGAAAACAGUACGUCUUCGCUUAGUGCCAGUGGGAUGCCCACAGCGACACCGAUUUCGGCAAUACCUGGUCUAAAUGGUGGCUCUGGUGGAAGCAUUUUGCAAGAUUUCAAUAAGUUACGUGAUAUGAAAGACGACAUGGAUAUGUCCAGCCCUGCCAAAAGUCCAGAAAAAACUUCUGAAAAGGAUUCUAAUGAUCAGGUCGAUAGCAUCGAGUCGGACGAAGUUAGUAGUGCGCUACGUAAAGUCAAAGAGCUCCAAAAUAUACAACCCUUAUCGGGAAUAUCCGAUAUUGAAGACAAUAAUGUAGAAUCGAAGGCGACAGCGUUAGUACGUGCAGUAACGGCAAAUGCUGCUCCAAAAGUGACACAUAAAGUCAAGCGAAUACGCAAAGUCACCAAGUCUUUCAAAGAAAGGGAACGGGAUGGGUCAAGUAGUAGUGAUGACGACGGAUUUUCCAGCUCGCGAAGGAGCCGUUCGCAAUCCUUUGAAAAAGAGAAAAAGGCUAAAAGAGGUAGGCCAAAAAAGAACUCAACGGCGACCCCUGCUGGUUCGUCUGUUGUUGGUUCUUCGAGUGCUAGACAAUCCGACGCAGACUCGGUAGCCAGUAGCAAUAGUAAACGUCGAUUGUCGAUGUCUUCCACUAAGACAGUAGCUUCAACGCCCAGUAAAAAGGAUGCCUCCAGUACACCACUUAAAGAAACUGCUGCUCGAAGGCGACCGUCCAGAGCUAAUCGAAAAUUUACCAGUAAGGAAGUACUCUCUACUACUGAUGAUUCCGAUUCUGAGCCGGCUAGAGACAGCAACGUUGGAAACAGUGAGCUGGAGGAUAAAAUCAAAAGUCCCGACAAAUCAAAAUGCUUCGAUGGUAGUUCUACGAAGGGUGUUGCAAGUUUGUUGCUCCCGCCGAAGCCUACAGGAACUGACCCACUUUCAUCCGACAGUAACGACAAUUUAUCUUCGCCCCGAAGAACUCCGCUAACGUCACCACCAUUCAUGCCGAUUUUGACAUGCAACAGUCAACCGUCGUCCGUUUCAAAGGUGAUGCCAAGAAAAACAUCCACCUCUACGUCCGCCUCGAUCGACGAUGACGACGAUGAUGAUGAUGAUCUGGGACGAUCACUUAGCGACUCGGGCAGUGCUAGCGAUGGAGGAGUUCGACGAGAGAAGAAAAUCAACAAAAUCAAGAGUGAUAAAAACAAAAAGGACACCCUGAGGAAGCUCUUCUCCAAGGAAGGUGGCGCGAAAGGGGGCAAAGGUAAAGGCCAGGUGGUGAUCGAAGAAGUGCACACUUCGAAAGCAUCUUCGAUUCAAACCACCAUCAGGACCACUCCCAACUCUAAGAUGCACCAUUUGUCCGUGCCACAAUCGGAUCACUCGCGUGUUAUCACUCCGCCACUAAGUGCUACUACUGUCCCUGCUGGCGCCGACAAUCGCCACAGUAACACAUCAUCAUUAUCGACAGCGUCAUCCGUCGUGGAAAAAGUGCUUUUAUCACCCGCCAGAACUGCCUUACUGAACAUCUCUCUCAUCUGCCGUAUCGACUUGAGUCGACUGCUCAAGAUACCACCGCCGCCGCCAGCCAAGCAACAGUUGGCUAAAGCGAACGAAAGUUACAGUGCCCAGCGCAGUGCCUCCGCUCGAAACAAGAGCAAAAGCCCUUACGAGAAGAAAAAACGUCGUAAUUCCAUCGCCGUUAACUACUUUGAUACGAGUGUCCAGCGAUCUAUCGACGACAAAUCUUCCUCAUCCACCAACUGCAAACUGCCCGAGGUUGUAGAUUACAAGCUCCCGGCUAAUGACUCGGUACUACAAUUGGAAAAUGGUCGGCAUCGGAGUAAUAGUAAUGCCAGUGAGCAUCAAUCGCGCGAACGUUCACGAGAAUAUCACAGAGAUGGGGCAUCUCCUUCGUUUUCAGUUCACCACCUUAACAAUGCCUCUACCAACUCGCUCUCCUCUGGGUGCAGUGGUCCCAUACAAAAACAAAUUCCCGCAGCCAAACAACAUUUAACGUACGAUGAAAAGUUACCGACGAAAAGUGAGAAACUACAUUACGGAAGCAGUGCCGUUUCAUAUCCUAUUAAGGAAGACAAAUCUGCAAUACUCUUCAAUUCCGCUGGCUCCAGUACGGGCGCCAACACUAAACCGUUUAACAUUAAGCACCUCAUCAAGCAGGAAUAUCCCGAUGUGGGUGAAGACAGCAAGAUGUCUGCCACCGCCUCUCUGGCAAAGUUGGGUGUGACUGCACAACCAGCGCCACAAUCGCAGCAACUACCGUCAGGACCGGCGGAGAGCGGUGGCAGUCGGCGGAAGCGCACAUUAAGCUCCGGUAGUAACUCCUAUAAGGAUAAGCGACGAAAAACGCGCAAUGUUAAUGCGCAGACUGAAAUUCUCGACCAAAUGCCCCCCACCAAUCACGACCGGUUAGAGGUGGACUCUGCGCCUUCGAUCGCUCCUGUAACCAGCGCAGUAAAUUCUCACGCAAAAAUAGUAUCUGGUUGCUCUGUGGCAGCUCCUGUGGAACCUGUUGGCCAAGAUGUUACGGUAUCUGGCGCGACUAACACCAGUGCACCGGUUGUUAAGAUGAUGUAUGUUUCAUAUUUUGAACGCUCGAAUGACGACGAGCUGGAAGUUCGGGACCAAAACCGAUUCUUGUCGGAAGCUAAACGGUUAAAACAUGCCGCCGAUCGGGAAGGUGAUCACCUGGCACAAGCGAUGCUCUACCUGGAGGCGGUGCUGUUCUUUUUGCUCACUGGUGAUACCAUGGAGCGCGACCCGAUCACUGAGAAAGCCGCAUUCACCAUGUACAAAGACACGCUUAGUUUGAUCAAGUAUAUAUCAUCAAAAUUUCGCAGUCAGCAGCAACAUCUCACGGUACAGGGAAGCAUCCAUAGCAAAGUGGCGAUUCUGAGUUUACGAUGCCAAUCAUUGAUUUAUCUCAAGCUCUACAAAAUGCGACGUCACGACAUCAAAGAGGUGCAGAGAAUUAUUGCCGAAUACAAUCAGAAACCUAACACAACUGUGUCGGCUGAUAUGGUAAACGGCAACACUCCUUCGCCACUGUCACCAACUUCGGUUGGUUCACAGAGUUCCGGAUAUUGUUCAGGUCAAACCGGUCAAACCAAUCCAAUCCAGUGUUCGUCGAUCAGUUCUUCCCCGUCACCGUGCAUGGUAAUGCCAGUGCACGUGCACAUGGCAUUCCAGAAGCAAGCUACCCUCUUCAAUCAUCUACUCAACUGUCAAGAUUUGUGGGAGCAGGCGGACAACUUAGUGAUACGGGGGAACCAUACAGAUUUCUUCAUCGAAUUGGACCAUGAGAACGGUCCGAUGACACUGCACAGCUCGCUGUAUAACGUAGUCAAGUAUGUGCAGGCAGGAAUCCAAAAGUUGCGACGGAUGUAGGAAAGGAAGUCAAACCAAAUCAAAGAAAAACUCAAACGGGUCCAAUUCUGUUAUCCUAGAGAACACUUACACAUCAAUAACGACAAAAAGCAAAACGCGAAUGUCUGAUCGGAUCUGUAAUUUAAGAGAAACACUAGCCCAAUCAAUAGACCAUUAACCGGAUUUCUAUGCUCCGUGUAACUAAAAGGACUGAGAUUGCUGGCACCGAUGAGACGUUCGGUGCCAACGAAGGUUUGGCGCCGAGAACCUAGUUCCUCUGCUGCGCCAUAUCGUCAGUAACUGACAAUAAUCAUUGGUACACGUUUUAUUGUAGCGGCCAACAGAUGUGGGAGCGACAUGCCAAAGGAGUUGGAAACAGACCGGUCGGGAGGAUGCUACGUACGGAGGACAACAGCUGUGAUUUUGUAUUUGAACAAUGUUUCAAAAUGGUCGACAGCCAGCAAUUGGUUAGAACAAAUAUUGCGUAUUAAGUAUGAAAAUUGAUUAAGCAUAGUGGGCAAAAGGCUCGGUUGGAGUUGGAAUGGCUAAGCCAUUCCGCUCAGAUUGAUAGUGUAGGGGGCGGUAAUUUAAUUUUUUUCUGUUGAGUUUUCAGUGCUUUGCAGCUGUGUUGUGUGUUAGAGGUUAGGCAUGAUGAACUGGGAUAAUCAACUAUACAUUAAUUCCAUUAUAUACAUUCGUUAUCAGCCAGGUUUUGUUCCCGAUUUUCAAUUUUCAUUUUUUUCCGAGCAUAAGAAAGAGCAUGAAUAAAAUAAUGAGUUCAUGCAGUUGUCGUUAAAAUAUCUUAAAAAUCAUAACGCUUCAAGUCAGCGGACGCCAAUGCCAGCUUAGGAUCAGUUUUGUAUGUUUUUUCUUUUUUUUUCUUUUGCGUGUAUUGAGAGCAAGAGAGUUUCAUUUCUGUCGAUUAUCGGAAAUAGCAUUUUGUUUUAAUGUUUUCACAGUUCAUGCAAUUAUUUGCGGUAUAUUUUAUAGAGCACAGCUCAACUACCUUUUUGACAAUAGUAGUUACUGAUGGUAAGAAUUUUUGAAUAUAUGAGGCUCAUAAUCUUUUUUGAUAUGGGUUUUCCAUUGAAUAUAAAUUACAGCCUUGCGCUAUUAACUCACGUUUAUUUUCUUUUUGACCCAAAAGGGGCUUCAGUUUUUCAUCAAAUUCACAAAAAAGUACCUCUAUAUUAUGUGAACUACGUAACCACUACGUAACUGCAUACAUGAGUUUGCUUGUAAUAGAUUGUAUAAAUGAUACGUUUUUUAUAAAUUUUGUGUCUUUUUUUUAUUCAACUAAAUAUCAACAUUUUUUAUACAGCUGAUCUUAUUCAAAAUUUAAUUAUUGAAUUCAUCAUGGGUUUCAAGCGGUCGAAAUCGUAUUGCGUAUGGAAGAACGAUCUAUUUUCAUACCGUGUUGAACAGUUUGAUUUUAAAUUUUGUUGUAAAACUGGCAAAAAUGGAUUUAUUUAGUUUUAACGAAUAAAUUAUUAUGAAUCAAUUUUUGCCUGCUUCGAGUACUGUCAAGCAGGUGCUGAUGAAUACAAUCUUCAUUCAGCUCCUAUUCUCAGUUAAUAAAUAUACUCGUUGUAAAGAAUCCCUUGUUUUGUGUAGAAGGUUACACAAAAAACCAAACCCGUGAUUUGCAAAAAAUGCCAAACCACAGCACAGAGAAGACAUUGCCGUGAUACCAAAGUCACUCACAGCUGCAGCACGCACCAUAGUUUUAGAUUCACGAACAUUACGUUGGCAGUGUACAACACUACAGCAGUCCGGUUUGUUCGAUUCUUCCGGAAUCACCAACCUACCUUCAUCACAGUCAGUUUUAUCCCUCAAAAAGUAAGAUUUAAAUUAUUGCUAUAGACUAUGGACACCGUAAACAUUUAGGGGAAUUCUAAUUAGAAACUCACAUCAAAGAUUAGUUAACAAUACGUCCUGAACACUGGACGCACGAAGAUCUUAACUGUUGUAAAAUUCCUUUAUUUAAAUGCUUUUCAUUAUCUGUUAUUUUAGAUAUAAGUAAUUUAAACUCAGCGCUGUACUUUUACAAGUUGCGUAAGUAGUAAUACUGAACAAACAGGUUCCCUACAGGAACUGUACGGUUUUGCCACUAAAGUUCACAAUAAUAGCUCUAGUUAAUAUGUAAUAAAAUGUGCUUUCUUGGUGAGUUAACUAAAGAACAACGACACACCCACAACAAUAGUUUAAAUUGUUAUAUUGGUGUUGCCUUCAUUCUAUGUUUAUCUUAUGUUUGUUUACCUAUUUAAACAAGAUGCUUUUUACCAUAAUUUUUAGUUUAUCUGAUUUUUUUUUUCAAAUAUGUUUUAUCGUCUAGCAAAACAGCAAAUAAAAAUGGUAACGGUUUCAUAUCGCUUACAUGUACGGACCGAGUAUGGGGUUUCUCCAUACUCUAUUCGGCCGCAUUCUUCUCGCGUAAUUAAAAGAACAAUUAUUAUAUAAUCGAUGUUUAAACAAUAAGACCCACAAAAAGGAUCUAAAUCAAUCAAAUCAUCUUUUAAAAGAGAUUCAACCAAUCGGAACGGGAUUCAACUUGAACAAUGGAAACAUCAAUACAAUACCAAGAAACUGGAAUGAAUAGAUCGUAGAAAAAAAAGAAAAACAAAUAGGAAAACAAAUACGCAACCAAGUACUAUUUUAGAUACAUUAGAAGUCAGUUAAGCCAAGUCAAUAUACAUAUAAAUGAUGUGAUUUUUUCAUCGCAUCGAAAUCAGAAACGAAGUCUAAACAAAUGGAACUAAACUAUGAUUGACGCAGGAGGCAGUGCAGCAGCAGAUACUAAAGCAAGUAUAAUUGACAUAGUUCUAAACUAUAUAGCGAAACCAAGCAAACAGUAACUAAUUAUCCUAAAAAAUAAAAACAAAAUAUAAUGAACUGGAAGCUGAUAAGUACUAUAUUAUAUAUAUACACCGUAGAUUUUAGUAAUAAUUUAGGGGUACUCUCUUGAUAAGCAACUCAGUAUAUCUAAAAACAAGAACGCUAGUAACAGAACAUUUCUAAGUGCAUUGCAUCAUGCAAAAGCUCGUAAGUGUAGUUUGGGUGCGCAACUCUGUGGUGGAUGGAGCAAAUCAUAUGCAAUGACCUAUUCGAUUACUGAUACUUGGUGAAGCAGAAGCGCGUGACGUUGAAUUGAUUCUAAAGCUAACGGCAGAUAUAUGCUGCCUGUGAGUGCGUGUGUGAGAGAAGCGACAGUCGCAACCGUUGGCUGGUUCGCGAAAUUUAUACUAAACAAAACAAAAUGCUUCAACACAACAAAACAAAUGACUAAACUAUAAACCUAUGCGACAAAAAUGCAAUUUGAGCAAAAGGAAAAGAAGAAAUCAGAACAAUUUGUACAUAGGUAUAUAUACAUUAUUAUAUAAUAUUAUUAUUGCUAUUAUAUUAUUACAAUUAUGUAGAAAUUUUAGAAUAAAAGAU